GGAAGGAAAGAGUUUGAUCGACCUUUCGAUCGAAAUUUUUGCAUGCUAGUAAAUGACAUUGCUCUUGAGAAUUGAUCGUACUGACUGCGAAGUUUGUGGAAAUGUAUCGAUGUCUAUAGAAUUUGAACAAACACCCUUCGAGCCUCGUCAAUGCAUGCAAAUAAGCAUUCACGCCUUGCGCAUAUGCCAAAGCGGACAUUUAAAUCUUAUCUGCAGGCCAGCAGCAAAUACAGUCAAUUGUUUCCGAACGCGUGGCUAGUUAACAAAUAAACGCGGUUUACAAUUGGAGUAGGUAUAGAAUGCGCAAGAGUUGCUUCGCAUAUAUUGUCAGUCCACGCUAUCCUAGCGGUCAGGUCACACACGCUUAGGGCUCGCAUCUUCCCUUACGUGAUAAAAAACGCGCGGGAAUACGAACAACUGUUGUCUUUAGUCUUUGCAUAUAGAUUUGUUAGUCGAGACUAUCGAAUAGAAGUUACGAUGUUCGACAACACUGUUACUCGGUUUAGAUCUUUAUGUGACAUGUAAAUAAAGUUCAUUCAAAAUGCAGUCCUAAACGGUCAUGGUACUGUUUUAAACGAAAUAAAUAAAAACAGUUCCAAUACACAAAAUGAUAUACUUUACAAGUAUAACUGUUUAUGUAACAGAGAUGAAAUCGCAACUAUCAGAAGCAAGUGCUAUAUCGUGACAAGAGAAAGAGUCAAAAAAUGACAACAGAACUCUCUUACGAAAUGCAAGAGCGACAAGAUGGAGAAAAGGAGGGCAAAGGGAAAUUAGCAACUGGGAAAUUAUUUUAUAAACCUGGAGUUAUAGAAGAGGAGACUGACGAGACCAGUGCUUUCGAGAGUUCGGUGGUGGAAUCUCCAAUGUUAGCACCUGGAUGUGGAAGUAGUUUUCUAAGACCUCCGCAGAUCCAUCCAUCGAGCAGUCUUCACCGUAUACCCACGUACAGCAGUUCUAUAGGACAGAGCACAAUCUAUAGACAAGAUACUUGCAGGAGCCGGUCGCACAGGCACGGCGCUACUCGCAGGACGAGACGUCGAGCCAUACUUAAAAAUGGCGAGUGCAACAUACUCAAAUCUCGCAUAUCCCAGCGCCGGCUGCGGUUCCUUCAAGACAUGUUCACGACGCUCGUGGACGCACAGUGGCGGUGGACACUGCUCGUGUUCACUCUCUCCUUCAUCCUCUCGUGGCUCGGCUUCGCUCUCAUCUGGUGGCUGAUUGCUUUCACACACGGAGAUCUGGAAGUUGACCAUCUACCCAACAUGCAGGAAUCCUCCAACUGGAAGCCGUGCGUGUUCAACAUUUAUGACUUCACUUCUUGCUUCUUGUUCAGUAUCGAAACUCAACAUACUAUAGGUUACGGCUCGCGUACCACAACGGAAGAAUGUCCGGAAGCUAUUUUCAUUAUGUGCUUGCAGAGCAUAGUUGGUGUCAUGAUACAAGCGUUCAUGGUGGGUAUCGUGUUCGCUAAGAUGACGCGGCCGAAGCACCGAACGCAAACUCUUCUGUUUUCAAAAUAUGCUGUCGUUUGCCAGCGCGACGGCGAGCUGUGUCUGAUGUUCCGCGUUGGAGACUUGCGGAAGUCGCACAUUAUCGGUGCUAGUGUCAGAGCUCAAUUAAUUCGAUCCAGAACGACGAAGGAAGGCGAGCUGCUAUCUCACUACCAGACUGAAUUGGAGCUGAAUGCCGACGGAUGCGAUAGCAAUCUGUUCUUUAUCUGGCCCAUCACAAUGGUGCACAGGAUAAACGCCGAAAGCCCGUUCUACGGAGUGUCAGCGGCGGACGUCCUGCAGGAGAGAUUCGAGAUAGUUGUUAUAUUAGAGGGAACUAUUGAAUCGACGGGUCAGACUACACAAGCGCGCUCCAGUUACACGACGAGUGAAAUAAUGUGGGGACACAGGUUCUUGCCACUGGUGUCCUAUAAUCGGGAGCGUCAGGGAUAUGAAGUAGACUACUCAAAGUUCGAUGAGACAUCGCAAGUGGACACCCCGCUUUGCUCUGCCAAAGAGCUGGACGAGUUCUACGGAAACCAGCCCGAUCGCAGAUCAAUUGAGAGCGGGGAGCACCUCGUGCUGAAGAUGCCGGAGAGACCGACAACCGAACCUAAAGCUGAACAGAAAGAUGGGGAUUUCACUGUCACUUUAUAAAUAAACUAUCAAUAAGAGCUGCUAGUUAUACGAAUAUAAAAAUAGCUCGAUCUGAAACGAAAAUCUUAUGAGUUUUUAAUUGUUAUGCGAAAGUUAUUUUGAUUUAUUUAAGAGUAAAGUUACGAAUCUCAUGUUUUAGGUAUAAGUUUCAAUAAUUAUACAAUUAAAGAAAUCAGUAAAAUGGUCACAUAAUUCCAGUUAUAUAACUAGUCAUUUAAUAGAUUAAUAGAGUAUUUAUAAUCUCAAUUAUAACAAGGUUGAACCUGAAAGGUUGUGCAAAUAAUUCUAAUUUAAAGAAUCUACAUUCCAGUGUCGAGCGUAGUAUUUAUUCAUAUUUGUUGUAUGAAGGUUGAAAAAUAUUAAAGUACAAAGCUGUCAUGGACCGUUUUCGUUUUCCAUUUGCGGAAAUAUUGUUGUCAAGUACAAUACAAAUGCAAUGGAAUUAGAUAAACACUAGUAUUUUUAUAUAAUUAGGUUCAAAAUGUUCACACACAAUAAUUUAUGUCGUAAUUAAAUUUUGUUAAAGAAUCCAUUUUGUCUUACGUAAUAGAUAAUGUUGUAUAUUUGCAAUAUCGUUAUAUGUAAAUAUUGAAUGAUAAUUUAUGUUCCAACGUUUAUUCGUGUUUAAUUUACAAUACCUUUCCACUGUUAUA